CCUCCACGCUUUUCUUUCAACAUUAAGAGGGUACAAUACGCCUACAAUCAUAGAACUAGAAUUAUAAUAACAUAACUAUCGAACUAUUUCAUGUAGGCUACGCCGUCUAGGCUUCGCCUUAUGGGGCUAAGGUGAAGCUGCGAGCGGAGCCCGAUCAAUGUACUCCUGCUGGACCCCAGUCAAAACGACUUAAGUCACCAGAGCACAUUAAUCAUCUUAAUGUAUUCUCGAUUUUCCACUGAUAAGCACAAGUGCUGAAAGAAAAGGGAGGAUGAGCGACGGUAUACACCGCUUUAUAUAGACACGAUACAGUGAGAAAUGUGGGCGUUGCCCACGCUGAUUAGUGCAUAGUUUGACAUUUUCAGCGCGCGCGAGACAAGCCCAUAAGGCGAAGCCUAGACGGCGUAGCAAUAGCAUACAUGAAAUAGAACCAUCUUUCACAAAAGCAACUGAACAAAAGCAUCAAUAACAUCACUAUGGUUUUCGAGGAGGAAUCCACGUCUGUCAGCCCUGUGGACAUAGAGGGAUUUACUUUACAAAAUAAGAGCCCCCUCUCAUGUCCCCCGUGCCCUCCAGUUUCCCUCUCCCCAUGCAGGGUGGCUACGCCCGCCGGCUCCCCCCUCCCUUCCCUCACCCAGGCCCAAGCCUUCAGCCUCAACAAAAACAGCACCCUGUGCCUCCCUGUGUUUUCCGCGGAAAACAAGCUGAUGUGGGUCCACUCCAACUCCAUCGCCCAGGAAGUAGCCCACGCGGCCGACACCCUGGACAGGGCCUUCGAUGUGUUCCCUUACCCGAAGCGGGAGGAGAUGGCGAAGCUGGCACGGCGCUGCUCCCUGCACCUGGACCACGUGCGCGUGUGGUUUAUGUUCCAGCGCCUCCACUACGGCAUCAGCUGGGACAACGCCGACAUCUGCGCGGUCCAAAGGAGGCUGCUGGGCCCGGGGCGCCAAAGACCGCCGAAAGCGGCGAAGGCGGCGGUGGUGGUUGGGGGGGAGGACGACCCACAGGCGGUGAGGGAGCAGGGGGAGGAGAAAGAGGAGGAGGAGGAGGAGGAGGAGGCGGCAAGGGAAGAUGUUUUGGAGGAGGCUGGCGAGAGAGGGAGCAGCGAGGGGUCAGGUUUGUGUGUGAAGAUGGGAGCGAGAGGCGUGGCCACAGAAAAGGGAGAGGAAGGCGAGGGCCGAGGGGGAGGCUCAGGGGAGACGGGCGAGAGUACAGCGUCCCCGACGCCUCCUCCUGUGUCGUCCGUCCGCCGUCGGUACGGACCACCCAGGAAGAAGAAGAAGAAGACGCCCUAUGACCUUUUGCCCAAAGUUCAGGUUAGCCCACUUGCCAGCAAGGGCCACAGGGGGCCACCGGGGGCCGGUGAGAACCACACAGGUCGAAAAGCCGACUCAACGGCAACUGUGAGCAGAGACCACGAUGGCGUAGACGGCGUCGCCCCCGGCAAUGGCUCCGCCCACGGUAACACGUCAGCCCUCAGCGACCUGGACACGUCCAAGGCCAGUGGGCCGGACGCCAAACCCAAUAACAAGAACAAGACCAGGGAGCAGCUGGAGCAGCUGGAGCAGCUGAAUCAUCUGCGUCGGGCCUUCCUGGCCUGCCAGUACCCCGAACCGAGCGACUACGACCGGCUGACGGAGUUGACGGGCCGGCAGCGCCAAAAACUGGCCCAGUGGUUUGCCGACAGGCGCUAUGACCUGAAGAACUCCAAGCCCCGCUGGAUCACCCGCCAGGACCAGCAGCGGGUCCUGGCUCGCAUGCGGCUGCAGCAGAGGGUGAAGCACCUGUGGAUAGCGGACGCCGGCCUAGAGAAGGACAAAGACCCGGGGGCUGGGACCUGGGGGUUGAAGCUGGAGUAGCGGUCGGCGAUCCCCAUCCCCACCGCCACCAUCUCCACCGCUCCCGCCCCUGCUCACUGAGGCCGAGGAGGUGUACGAGGCCAUCGUGGGGAGACCUGCCGGAAGGAGGCUCAGGGCUUUUGGAAGGUUGUGUAAAGACAUCGGUGUCUUUAGUUCGUUUGGACCCGGGAUUUUUGUUUUGUUCAGUUUCUAAAAUUCUAAUGUUUUAUGUUUACCUUCAUGUGUAAAGCAGGAUUUUCCUUUCUGAUGUUAGUAAAGAAUUGGUUCUCUUCUUGUCA